UGCUCUCAGUUGGAACCCUGAGUAGUGGUUCUCGAAGUUUGGAUCCCCGGGGGCAGACACCUGGGGAGGUUGUUAAAAAUGUUUGUCCCAGGGCUCUACUUAACGCCUGCUGAAGGUCGGAGAUUCUGGGAUAGAUAAGAGUCUGGGAAACAGUAUUUAAACCGGCUUCCUAGGUAGCUCUAAUGCAGGUGGCCCAGAGACUACAAGAGAAGCGCAACUUCACAGGCUAGACUUGGAGGUAUUAGAAAACUACUCAGAUGCUCCAAUGACACCAAAACAGAUUCUACAGGUCAUAGAGGCAGAAGGACUAAAGGAAAUGAGAAGUGGGACAUCCCCUCUAGCGUGCCUCAAUGCCAUGCUACAUUCCAACUCAAGAGGAGGAGAAGGGCUGUUUUAUAAAUUACCUGGUCGAAUCAGCCUUUUUACACUCAAGAAGGAUGCCCUGCAGUGGUCUCGAAAUACAGCUGCAGUUGAAGGAGAGGAGCCAGAGGACUCAGCUGAUGUGGAGAGCUGUGGAUCUAAUGAAGCCAGCACUGUGAGUGGUGAAAAUGAUGUAUCUCUUGAUGAAACAUCUUCAAAUGCAUCCUGUUCUACAGAAUCUCAGAAUCGACCCCUUUCCAGUCCCAGGGACAAUUAUAGAGCUUCCUCUCAGGCAAACAAACAAAAGAAAAAAACUGGGAUGAUGUUGCCUCGAGUUGUUCUGACUCCUCUGAAGGUAAACGGGGCCCACGUGGAAUCUGCAGCAGGGUUCUCGGGCCGCCAUGCUGAUGGUGAGAGUGACAGCCCAUCCAGCAGCAGCAGCGGCUCUUUGGCUUUGGGUAGCGUUGCUAUUCGUGGCCAGGCCGAGGUCGCCCGGGACCCUGCCCCGCUCCUGAGAGGCUUCCGGAAGCCAGCCACAGGUCAAAUGAAGCGCAAUAGAGGGGAAGAGAUAGAUUUUGAGACUCCUGGAUCCAUUCUUGUCAAUACCAACCUCCGUGCCCUGAUAAACUCUCGGACCUUCCAUGCCUUGCCAUCACACUUCCAGCAGCAGCUCCUCUUCCUCCUACCUGAAGUAGACAGACAGGUGGGAACAGAUGGCUUGUUGCGUCUCAGCAGUAGUGCACUUAAUAAUGAGUUUUUCACCCAUGCAGCUCAGAGCUGGCGGGAACGCCUGGCUGAUGGUGAAUUUACCCAUGAGAUGCAAGUCAGGAUUCGACAGGAAAUGGAGAAGGAAAAGAAGGUAGAACAGUGGAAAGAAAAGUUCUUUGAAGACUACUAUGGGCAGAGAUUGGGUUUGACCAAAGAAGAAUCAUUGCAGCAGAAUGUGAACCAGGAGGAGACUGAAGUCAAGAGUGGCUUGCACGUCCCAGAAGAAUCAGCACGGCCACAGCGUGGUCCAGCAACCCGCCAACGAGAUGGGCAUUUUAAGAAACGAUCUCGGCCAGAUCUCCGAACCAGAGCCAGAAGAAGUCUGUGCAAAAAACAGGAGCCAGAACAAGCAGGGGUUGCUAAGGAAGCAAACUCUGUGGCACCAGACAUUUCACUCUCUGAGGAUGGGGAGGCUAAAACUGGCUCAGCCAGGGUGAGCAGUCCCCCCCUGCCAAGCAUAUCCUCUGCAGCAUCCGGCCCAGGGGUUCCUGAAUGCCCUGGUGAACUUUUGGCUUCCCACGUCCAGACAGAGCCAGAUAACUUGGCACAUGCCUCUGCAUCUCCAGACAGAAUUCCCUGCUUGUCUCAGGAUACGGUGGAUCAGGAACCCAAGGAUCAGAAAAGGAAAUCCUUUGAGCAGGCAACCUCUGCAUCCUUUCCCGAAAAGAAGCCCCGGCUUGAAGACCGUCAGUCCUUUCGUAACACAAUUGAAAGUGUUCACACCGAAAAGCCACAGCCCACUAAAGAGGAGCCCAAAGUCCCGCCCAUCCGGAUUCAACUUUCACGUAUCAAACCACCCUGGGUGGUUAAAGGUCAGCCCACUUACCAGAUAUGCCCCCGGAUCAUCCCCAUCGCAGAGUCCUCCUGCCGGGGCUGGACUGGUACCAGGACCCUUGCAGACAUUAAAGCCCGUGCUUUGCAGUCCCGAGGGACGAGAGGCCACCACUGUCAUCGAGAGACGGCCACCACUGCCAUCGGAGGGGGGGGUGGCCCGGGUGGAGGUAGCAGCAGGGCCACCGAUGAGGGAGGUGGCAGAGGCGGCAGCAGUAGUGAUGGUUGUGAGGCCUGUGGCCAGCCUGAGCCCAGGGGAGCCCCGAGCACCCCCAGAGAGUGUACAUCAGAUCUACAGCGAACACAACUACUGCCGCCUUGUCCUCUGAAUGAGGAGCACACACAGGAUGAAACAGCUGUGCCUAGAGCCAAAAGAGAAGACUUGGCUUCUCACAGAAAGGAGGAAGACUGCCCACAGCAAAGGGUUCCAGGUAUACUCACAAGUGGGCUGGGUGAUGCCUCCCAGCCCCCAAUUGCUCCCACUGGGGACCAGCCAUGCCAGGCUUUACCAUCACUGUCAUCUCAAACCCCAGUGGCUGAGAGGUUAGCAGAGCAGCCUGAGUUGCAUCAAGAUACUAGAACUGAGUACGAGUCUGACACCACUUCCUGGGAAGUGGGUAGUGAGGAACAAGGAGCCACUGUUCCUUUAGAGAAUGGUCCUGUACAGUCUCUAGUGCGAGAUACAUUAGCAAAAGGAACUGACCAGACUGUCAACAGUAAUCCUAUCAUGAAGGAUCCUGUAAAUGUGACCCCCAGUUCCACACCUGAAUUAUCACUGACUGACUCCCCGCAGGACAGACCAUUUGAUGACAAAUUAGGUCUUGGUGACUCAAGCCUACACAUGAGGGAAAGUUACAGUAGACAAGAAAGCCUGAGAACUGAGGCUCUUUCUUCAGAUAAUGCUGCUCUUUGGACUCCCAUCCUGUUGAAUGACAAGGUAGUGAACCGUUCUGAGCUAGGAUCCAGAGAAAAUGUACUAUCUGUGCAGCCUCAGGUUGGAGAAGAGUGGGAGAAAGCAGCUCCCCUCAUUGCCUUGUUGUCUGGGGGCUUGGCAGCAGAGAAUGAUGUGGCUCCCCCUGACGAGUGUACUUCACUCUGGACUCUGACACCACAAGGAGGCAUGGAUGACACUGACACCGAGGACAAGGAAGUAGACGUUGAAAAGCUGAAAAUCAAUGGAGAUUCUGAAGCACUGAGUCCUCAUAGUGAAUCAACAGACACAGCGUCUGACUUUGAAGGCCAUCUGACUGAGGACUGCCUGAGUGAGUCAGGCCACCUGAGUGAGGCUACAACUAGUGAAGCCACAGAGAAGGAGGAAUCCUUGUUGAAAAAGGAUACUAAGCAUGAUUGGAACCAGUCUGCCUCACUGUCCAAGGUACACAGUGACCUAAGUCUGGUUACAAGGACAGAGGGGGUGGUUACUUCUCAGAGCUGGGUUUCUCGAGUAUGUGCCGUCCCCCAGAAGAUCCCAGACUCCCUCUUGCUGGCCAGUAGUGAGUACCAGCCAAAACCCAUGAGCUUGGCCAGGCCUGGGUCUGCAGUGGAGGCCAACAACCCUCUUGUAAUGCAAUUGCUACAGGGUAAUUUGCCCCUAGAGAAGAUUCUUCCUCCAGCCCAUGGUGGCAGCAAGACAGAAUCCCAACAACUGCCCCUUACAAAAGGACAGAGCCAUGGUGGCCCUCUGGGCAUAGGAUCUUUGCAAAACCCUGGGGAAAAUGGUUGCACAAUUGGCAAAAACAGUCCUGGUUCUUUAAGAGUGUUAAAGGAUCCUCUUUCUGAGAGCUGUGAAACAAAGAGUCUUGGCAGGGUAGAGGCUACCCAGGCUCCUGGAGCACCCCAAAUUUCCAAGUUGGUUCCAAGUCUAGACCCCCUACAACCAGUGACAGAUCUGAUGAACUGUUCUGAAAAACUGGAAGAAGUGGAUUUCAAAGAGCAGCUCCCUUCCUUUAGUUUUGAAGAUAAGGAUGUCCAGGAUGCAUCCCGGUGCAGUAAUUCAGAUGCUGCUUCAAGUCCAGGAGAUCUUACUACCUCGAGAGCACCUUGUUUCUCAUCUCCAAAUGUGAUCUCUUUUGGUCCAAAGCAGACAACUGGGGCUCUGAGUAAUGUUGAAGACCAAGGGAAAAAGCUUUUUGGCCCUAGGAACAUGGCUGCAACCAUUCAGUGUCCCAGGCCUGCAGACCCAAUGCCGCUGCCAGCUGAGGUCUCUCCGGUUUUUCCCAGUAGGAAGUUGGGGCUGAGCAAAAACUCUGUACCUGGUGGGGUACAGACUGCAAAGGAAGACUGGGUUCCAAAGCCACCACCUGCCUCUGUUAGCAUCAAGAGUGAAAAGACUUUUGUGGGGGGUCCUCUUAAGGCAGAUGCAGAGAACAGGAAAGCUGUUGGGCACAGUCCUCUGGAACUGGUGGGUCAUUUGCAAGGGAUGCCCUUUGUCGUUGACUUGCCCUUCUGGAAGUUACCUCGAGAGCCAGGGAAAGGGCUCAGUCAGCCCCUGGAGCCUUCUUCCAUCCCCUCCCAGCUUAACAUCAAGCAGGCUUUUUAUGGGAAGCUUUCUAAACUCCAGCUGAGUUCCACCAGCUUUAAUUACUCUUCCCGCUCACCCUCCUUUCCCAAAGGCCUUGCUGGAAGUGUGGUGCAGCUGAGCCACAAAGCAAACUUUGGUGCAAGCCACAGCACAUCACUCUCCUUGCAGAUGUUCACUGACAGCAGCACAGUGGAAAGUAUCUCGCUUCAGUGUGCAUGCAGCCUGAAAGCCAUGAUCAUGUGCCAAGGCUGUGGUGCAUUCUGUCAUGAUGACUGUAUUGGACCCUCAAAGCUCUGUGUAUUGUGCCUUGUGGUGAGAUAAUAAAUUAUGGCCAUUGGAAAAAUUGUAUAUUUAGUGUGUGUAUUUUGAUAAUGAUGGAUCUUAAAUCUGUAUACAGAAUAUCAUUGAUAUGAUAGACCCUGUCUCUAGGCAAAAGCACUGUUGACUCCAUCUACAAUUUACAGUGCUAAAGCCCUCUGUCACUGGUUACCCCUCUGGUCUUCAGGAAGUAUUUCCUGCAACCAGGAAAUACCUGUGGGUUGGCUAAGGUUGACCAGCCUGAGUCCUCUCAGGCAGCUGACGGGCAGGGGAGCCUGCCUGACACCCAGAGGGACUUGAAACAGAUUAGAAGGUUGUGUUCUCUACAGAGAGAACUCACCUACCUGAACUAAGCAGGAAUGUCUUCCAUUGCCCCCUCCCUUCCUCCUCCUGCUACUUUGAGGAGUUGAUGGUUGAGAAAGAAGCCAGAUAGGGUUAAAUUAACUCCCAUUGUUUUUCACUAGGGGAAAUCAAGCACCUGCUGACUUCAGGGUCACAGUUAAGGCAUUUGGUAGUUUGAUGGUGCCAGUUUAACCUUUAGUUCUGUUGGCUGCGUCCAGUUUCGGACAUUCCUAUCUCUGCCAUCCACCAGCCCACAGGAUUUUUUGCAAGCUUGAAUAGCCCUGUUUGGACAAUGGGGUGAGGGAUUGGGGUUGUCUCCUAUGAAAAUGCCAUCUGUCAAUCUUGUGAGUCAACUAUGGACAUUUGCAGGUGACUCUGCUUGCCACCCACCCCAUCACAUCGGACUCGGGAUGGGUAUCUCCAUGCACCUGUGUAUGUGAAAGUCAUUUUACAUUUCCAAGCUGUGUGUUUCAUAUUUUUAUAUUUUUAACUCUUUAUUCUUGGAUGUAUAAAGUGAACUUUUUGGCUUCUGUAAGUAUGCUCUAUGCACCUCUAAUGUUUUAUCCUGUAUUUAUAUGUUGUACACAGUACUGGCCAAUUCUGUAAAUGGAUGUAUUGUACAGAGAACAUGAACGUCUCUUCCUUAUUUUACGUCUUUAGCAUCAUUACAUUAAAGUGGUGCCAUUUCUCUC